AUGGGUCAGCUACCUUCCGAACGAGUGCAACCAAGUCCACCGUUCCUGUAUACUGGUGUUGAUUAUGCUGGACCAGUCAACAUCGUAGGGCGAUGCACGCGAGGGGCAGUGGUGAGCAAGGGAUACAUUGCCCUAUUCGUGUGUCUCUCCAUAAAGGCGGUCCAUCUGGAAGCUGUGUCGGAACUGAGUAGCGCUGCAUUUCUAGCAGCAUUCACUCGCUUUUCCAGUCGCUAUGGUUUACCAGCGAAGCUGUUUUCGGACAACGCGACUAACUUUCGAGGAGCUGCUAAGCAGCUGAAGGCGAUCCAUAAAUUAAUCAAUUCUACCGAUUACAACCAAGAGGUGACAGAUUUCUUAACCAACAAAGGUGUAGAGUGGUGUUUUAUACCUGCACGAUCCCCACAUCACGGCGGCUUGUGGGAAGCUGCGAUCAAAAGCGCUAAAACGUUUUUAGGAAAAACUACCAGCAACCAUAAUUUCACGUACGAGGAAUUAUCUACACUUCUCUCCCAGGUGGCGGCCACAAUGAAUUCGCGGCCUUUAACUCCAUUAUCAACCAAUCCCAGCGAUCCUCAACCUUUGACACCGGCACAUAUGCUCAUCGGGAGACCACUCACUACGGUUCCAGAAGCCAAUCUCUUGGAACGCAACAUUUCUUCGAUGUCCCGGUGGAUCUAUAUCCAACGACUCGCACAGGAGUUCCGGUGUAGAUGGCAAGCAGAAUACGUUCGAAACCUGCAGCGUUUAAGCAAGUGGCAACAACCAUCGUCGAACAUAAAGGUUGGUGAUUUCGUGCUCUUAGUGGACGACAAUGCGAAAUCAAAGCAGUGGCCAUUAGGACGGGCAUUUGAGGUCUUUCCGGGCGAUGAUGGUUUGAUCCGCGUAGUAUCACUACAAACAGCAAACGGAACGACGCGUCGAGAUUUGCGACGAAUCCGUGUCCUGCCCAUUGACGAUGACGAGUUUGUACCAGGUAGAUCGGGAGCAGAAAUUCCCGAUCGGAAUUUGUUGGGCGGCAUAUGUCGGAGUGGAAAUCGUGAACUUCCACCGAUUACUCGCAGCAGUACUAAACGCACACACAAAGCGUGA